AUGUUUCGUUUAUAUGUUGAACCAUGUUUAACACUUACUUUACACCUUCUUUCAAUUCCACCAUCACAAUCAGAUGUAUUUCAAUGUUGUGGGCGUUUACUUGGUGCUUUAAUUAUAACAAUUGGUUCGGAACUUCAAACAAAUACAAAUUAUAUAUCAAUAUUACGUUCAUCAUGUUUAACAGAUAGUAAUCUUUUACAAAUGCAUAUUGAACCAAUUGUUCAAGCAAAAGCGAUACAAGCUUUACGACAAUUACAUUUAUUUGCACCACGUCAUGUUAAUUUAUCAACAUUAGUACCGGAAUUAAUAAAAGCAUUAAAAAGUCGAGAUUUAUCAUUAAGACGUGCAUGUAUUAAAGAACAAGAUUUAUCAACUGGACUUUCUGAAUUUCGAAGUCUUGAAGAAUUACUUUUUUCUAUACUUGAUACAGAAACAGAUGCAAAAUUAUGUUCACAUGUACAAGAUAGACUUGUUUAUAUGCUACAAGCAUUAGGAGCUAAUAAUUUAACACAUUGGUUACAGUUAUGUAAAGAUAUUCUUGCUGCUAUAGCAGCAUCUUCUGAAACCGAUCAACAACAAACUUCUACAACGGCAACUACUACAAUAUUAUCAUCAUCAUCUUAUUCUAAACAUUCUUCACGUCCUACUGGCGAUGAUGAUGAAGAUAGUUUUGGUCUUCAUGGUGAUGAUGCUGAUUAUGCUGAUACAGGUGGUAAUGAACAAUUACAAACAUCUACAAAUCAAAAUUCAAUGCCUGCUAAUGAACGUCUUCGAGGUUAUCCAAAUGAAGAUUAUCUUGUUGUACAUUUAAAUACUUUAAUAACAUUUUCAUUUAUGUCAUGUACAUCAACAAGUGAUCAACUACGUUUAUCAGGUUUAUCAUUACUCAAACAAAUUAUUCUUAAAUUUGCUCAUGUUGAAGAAGUUAUUGAUUUACUCGAUCAUGUUAUCCUUGAACAAUAUCAAGCACAAAUUGGUGCUGCGUUACGACCAGCUUUUGCACAAGAUACAUCAUCACAUGUAACAACACAAGCAUGUGAUGUAUGUAGUACAUGGAUAUCAAGUGGUGUUGCACAUGAUUUAAAUGAUCUUCGACAUGUACAUCAAUUAUUAGUAUCAUCAUUACAAAAAUUUACUUCAAUACAACAACAUAAAAAUGAUACAUCAAUGAUUUAUAGUGAAAAUGCAUUAACAAUUGAAAAUUUAGCUGGGCUUCGUGCAUGGGCUGAUGUUUAUAAUGUUGCAACAAUACGACAAAAUGAAGAGAAAACUAAUAAUGAAAAUAGUAAUUUAUUAAUUCUUGUACAAUCAGAAUUAUAUGUUCUUAUAUAUCAUUGGCUUGCAGCAUUAACUGAUUAUCCUUUUUUAAUUUUACCAAAUGAAUUUGGUGGUGGAACAGAUGAAAAUUCACAUGGUGGAAAUUUUUAUUCAGCGGAAUGGAAUCUUGAUUUAACAAGAACAAUUUAUAAAGCGAAUUGGGCAUCAAUUAUGCAAGCAACAACACAAUGGCUUGGUGAACAUCAUUAUGAGCAUGAAACAUUAGCUGCUAAUCAAAAACUUAUUGGAUAUAGACAAAGAGAUAUAUUAAUGACAAAAUUUAUUACAUCAACAUUAUCAAAUAAAAUAAAAACAUUUCCAGAAAGGAAAGAAGAUAUAUUUGCUAUGUUAUUAGGUUGUUGUGUUGAAGCUUUAUCAAUUUCGAUUUCCAAACAAGCAGAUGAAACUAUUGAAGCUAUUUUAUCUUCAUUAAUUAAUUUACUUCAAUCAGAAAUUGCUGCAAGUCAGAUAACUAUGGUUGCUUUUAUUGAAAUACUCAAUGUUCUUCAACGAUAA